CCUUCAUCAUUAAAAAAAAUAAAUGGAACGACGUCGUCCCCUUUAAACCUAAAAAAAUAUCAGCUUUCUUUUCCUUUCCUUCUUCUUUCUUUCUCCAAACAAGCAGCAACAGCCAUGGCUACCUCCAAAUUCUGAGCAAGAAGACAGUAUUAUCGGUUGUAUGGUGUCUAGGAAUUCAAUAUGGCCCAGUGAGUACAUCUAAAUGCCAAAAUGUUUUGAAAGAAGGCAUGGAAGACCACCAUUCUGUUAAUAGUCCUAGAAGAGUCUUAAGUUUUUCAAAGAGGAGGAGAGCAACCAUAUCCUUUCUAGACCCUGAUGACAAGGCUUCUGGCUUCGGAGUGUCUGGAGAGCAUGGACCAAAAACUUCCGAGGUUUAUGGUUUCGUAGGGUCCAUUACAACUAUUGUCGCCACAGUUAUUUUCCUGGUAUGGGCAUAUCUUCCUGAGCCUUGGCUACAUUCAAUCGGCAUCUUUUACUAUCCUAACAGGUACUGGGCACUGGCCAUCCCAACUUAUGCAAUGGUUAGUAUAGCACUGGCACUUCUAUUUUACGUCGGCCUCAACUUCUUGUCCACUCCUCCAGCAACUUCGUUAUGUACUGUUUAUGACGAGUUCAGUAGGGAACCUGCAAAUCGUGUUGCUUUAAUGGAAAGAUACGAUGAGCAUCCCAUUGAACCGAUGUCGGAUAUUAGUAUAAGUAAAAUGAAUAAUCUCAUGUUUUCUGAUGUAAAGUAAAAGAUCAACCCUAGAUAAAUGUUCAUGGCUUGUUUCUGUUUUAAGAAUUUAUUUCUCAACUGUAAAAUAGAAAGUUACGAUCAUUUUGUCAGAACAAUCUGAAAAUACAAGCAAUGACUAGAGGAGGCAAUUUUUGUAGACAAAAGUCGUUUCAUUUUAAAGCCAUUUAUUUUGUCA